AUGAACUACGAUCCCAUCCACGAUACCUAUACGGCGCCGGAUCCUGUGGAUCCGCCGUAUUCGGCCGCAUCGCCGCCUCUCCAGCCUGUUAAUGCUGCACCUCUGCUAUCUGAAGAUAUCAAACCACAACUUCCAAUCGUUCCACAAGGCCAGUCGCUACAAGUGCAUCCGCAAUAUGUUCAGCCACCGCCACAGUUGCAUCCACAAAUCUCGGUGGCCCAGCCAUUGCCUGGUCUGGUGCCUUUGCAGCCAAUACAGCCAGGUCAAAUUCAUAUGUCUCAGAAUGUUCUGAAUCCACUGCAAGGUCUAGAUCCUUCGGACGAAAAGCUGCUGCUGGACCCGUCUUUGGCUGUUAGACCUUCAGCUAACGCCAAUCUGGGGGUCGAAAUUGACUCGCCCGAAGUGGAGCUCGGAAUGCUUCCUCCAAAUUUCAGGUUUGUAUCAAAAGGCUUCAAGCACUUGAAAAAGUCAGAUGGAGAGCCAUUCUGGCGGAAAGAUAUCCAAUAUGAAUUUCUUCAUGAGUUAUUUACUGAUAAACUGCAGGUAUUUACUAACAGCUUUCCCCAUUGUGAGGUGCCCAACGCUGCCAAUGGACCAAAACUUACAUUUGCAGAGCUCUACGUGAGGACUUUGGCAGAGUCGCUGAAAUCUUCCAAAGUUUUGCGCGAGCGACUCAUAAAAGACACUGAAAUGGGGAUUGCCGUCAGCAAGGUGUGUUUGCUUGUCAAUGCGGGCCGUAUGAACACAACUGUCAACUUUGUCCCCGACAUGAGAUCUGCUCUUCGGACUUACCAUCUGAUCCCAUCGCUUCAGACUGAUAAAGAUGGCCAGACAAAACCACUUCAGGAUACUCCACGACUAAAGACGAUCUUGAAGGCCGUUUGCGAUGGCCAAGAUCACUUGCAAACACUUCUUGAUCUUUUGAGAGAUCCUCCCCAAAGCAAGCCCAACACGAACAUUAUCAAAUUGAUUUUCUUGAUGAGUACGUUCUUCCAGAAUAUCCCAUUCCAUUACGAUGACUCGUAUGACCAUGACUCGUUCCUGGAGAAAUUGCGCUUCAUCAAGGCUUCUCCCGGCCCGCAAAAUAAGUUUAUGGAGUUCUUUUUGAAUGACGAAAUCUACCCUGCCAACAGGGCUCGCCGCUUCUUGUGGCUAAUGUACACAUACUUGGAAACUUCUUUCACUGCUGAGGAGUUGGAGAAGAAUCCAUUUAAUCCUAAGCUGAUUCCUCCCAUUGAGUUUAUUCCCGAUGCCGAAGUUGCCUCCCACGACAUUGAUCUCGAUUUCGAGGUUGAGUAUGCUAUCAAAAUGUACCAUACGAGAAUGCUACACUUGCAUGAAGAUGUCAAUAAUACAAACCCAAAGCGUGGAAACAAAUCAAAGCGUGAACGCCUCAAGAUCCGUAAGCAGUUGUCCUCCGAGGAGCUUCUGCGUCCAACUACUCAGGCUGAUGACGAAAUGGAAGAUCUGAUGGUGGAUGACACUUUACAUGGAGACGACGCUGAGUCUGCGGAUGAAAUCGAACAGACUGAGGAACAGGCUCGUCCAAACUAUAUUCAAAAGUAUGUUGCCGACCGGGUGAAAAGAAAAAAGCCAACACCCUCGGUCGGUUCGUUGGUUGAUGAAAACAAAAAGCCUUUAGAUGCCGAAAUGAGAUGGGUGAAUCCUGAGUUCCCUAUCGCAGGGCUUCCUGAUAUUGUGAAGAAGUAUGCAGUUUGCACCACAGACAUCGAAGUUCAGCCAUUGACGAGAGAUAGUUUAACGUCAACAGCUAAGAGGAGAGUGAUUGCCAAUAAGUCUAAAGGCUAUGUUUCGCAGGUUUCGAAAGUCACCCCAGAUUUUGCUGAGAGAAGAGAAGAGUAUUUGAAAUGGAUGCACCGCUAUUUCCAGUACAAAAAAGAUACUGGCAACGGCUUGUUAGGUAUCGAAUGGGAGGACUUACGUAGCGAUCUUGUCAAUGGUGUUGAGGCUUACUUGUACCAACAAAAGGGCAAGAUGUUAGUGAAUCAUCAUUACGAUGAGCAGAUGGAGGAAGAACGCUACGAAAACGGCGAGCCGGAACUUCUCAAGCGCGAGAAUUUCGUGACUGGGAUAGAUGUAUUACCUGGAGACUCUUCGCCAGUAGAUAUUGGAAGCAUUGACAAAAUUGGCUCUGGAUACGUUGCUGUGCACGACUUCAACAAUGCCAAUGAACGCACCACUUAUGAGCAUCUGUUGAUCACGUUGGUGGACGAAUUGAUCAAGCAGAAUGGGCUCAUGUGUCGGUCCAAACCACACCACAUCAAGUUUGACUUGGAGAACGAGACCUUGACGAUGCUGUAA